AUUGAUCAAUUGUACUUUUUAUACAUAUGUAUAUUUUUAGAUUUUAUUACUUAUGUAGGUCCUAAAAAACAAACGAUUCAUUUACAUAAACUUAUUUAUUGGAAGGAGGUGGCAUAUAUAAUAAUAAAUUCUAAAAUAAUUUUUAGAAAAUAAUGUUUUCAAUGUCAUCACUUUGUUCUAUUUUUCGAUUUAUGGAGUUGAUCAAUGUAACUUCUGAACGGCUUAAUUCAGGAAGAAUAGCACGUACAAUGAUAAAUUUCGAAUAAAAGAUCGUAACAUCAUCAAUACGUAGCGUAGGAUACAUUUUUAGCUACUUGUGGUUUAUUGAAAAAUAUAGUUCGCGAUGAUAUUGAAGAUAUUGAAGUUGUGCAAACGGAUAAUCAGAGUCAGAUUUUACAACAGUGAUACUUCGGUGGCUGGCUUCUUACUCCCAUAACGGUAAAAACGUGACAGAUAUAUACAGGAGAAGUGAAGUAGCCAGAAGGAAGGGAAACCUGCACUUGCUCGCUUGCUUUCUUCGAACCAUGAUUGGUAAUGCUUGUUAGUAUUUGUCUAACUGUUGCAUCGGAAGCUUUGCAACUUUGUUUUCUUCGAUAGUUUCAUUUUCCAAAAGGACCGUGAUAUCAUAUCAUAACCAGAAUAAUAUACUUGAAAAUACAAGUAAAAUAAAUCCUUCGGCGAGUGACUAUAAAAAUGGAUUGGCAGUGGUUCAAUAUUGUUAUUUUAUUCUAUUUAAUACUAAAUGUUACUGCAGAACAAUACUAUAGCAUAAUAGCUCCAAAGGUAAUACGACCUGAUUCAGAAUAUCAUGUAGCUGUAAGUAUUACUGGUGUAUCAAUACCAUCAGUAAUAUACAUUGAACUGUCUGGGUCAUUUGACAAUAAUUCAAGAAUAGGAGAAGUAUUCAAUAUAUCCCAAGUUACACAUGUACAACCAUACAGUACAAGAAUUUUACGAUUUGAAAUUGAUGAUAUUAUUCCUGGUAAAUAUGAAUUAAUUGCACGUGGUUUAACAGGAAUAGAAUUUUCACAGUCAAAGUCGAUAGAAUUUAUUCCUAAAAGUUAUUCAGUCUUUAUUCAAACUGAUAGAGCAAUUUAUAAACCGGGAAAUAAAGUUAUGUUUCGAUGUAUUUUGUUGGACUCCAGACUUAGGCCAACGCUUGAAAGAUUAGUAAACAUCUAUAUUGUAGAUGGUAAAGGAAAUAGAAUUAAACAAUGGAAUCAUCCAUCUGUAACCCAUGGAAUUUUUAAUGCAGAAAUCGAAUUGUCUGAGUACCCAGUUUUAGGUACCUGGAAAAUUACAGCAAAUAUUGGUGAUCAAACAUUUGAAAAAGAUUUUGAAGUUGCUGAAUAUGUAUUACCUAAUUUUGAAGUGAUAAUUGAUGCUCCUAAACAUUUUACAUUUAAGGAAUCAAAAAUCACUGCAACAAUCUAUGCCAAGUAUACUUAUGGUAAGCCAGUGAAAGGAGAAGCAACUGUUACAGCAUAUCCUGAUAUAUUUUCUGAUGUUAUCCAACCAAUAUACCAACAGCCUAUACGAAAAGUAAUUCCAAUAAAUGGGAAAAUAGUUGUUGAUUUUGACAUUCAUGAUGAAUUAAGGCUUACUGAUGAAUAUGAAAGACCAGUUAUGCUUGAUGUUACAGUAGAAGAAUCUUUAACUGGUAGAAGACAGAAUACUUCUGCACAUAUAACCUUACAUAAACAUAAAUACACAAUGGAUUUGAUAAAAACAUCAGAAUACUAUAAACCAGGAUUAAAGUAUACAGCAUUUAUAAAGUUAACAUAUCAUGAUGGAACACCAGUGAGAGAUAACAAAAAUUUUGUUAUGGUAAAAUAUGGGUAUACUUACAUUACUGAUAAUCAGUCCACAUACACGAAUAUUACUGGUAUGUUGGAUGAAAAUGGAAUGGUAAAGUUGGAUUUUUAUCCACCAAAAACUAAUGAUAAUAUGUCAUAUCCUUUAAACAUAGAGGCUCAAUAUUUAAACCUUCAUGAAUGGUUCCCAUCAACAAACCAAGCUAUGUCUCAGAAUAAUGAAUAUAUACAAGCUGUUUUGAAAACUGAAAAACCUAUGGUUAAUCGAGAUGUAGAAAUUGAAGUAAAUUCUACAGCUCUAUUGAAAUAUAUUAAUUACGAGAUAUUUGGACGUGGCGAUAUAUUGGAUGCAGGUUCUAUAUAUGUACAAAAUAAACAUACAACAAGUUUUAAGUUCUUAGCAACAUAUGUCAUGGCUCCUACUGCACAUGUAAUUAUAUAUUAUAUAGGAAAUGAUGGAGAAAUCAUUGCAGAUGCCUUAGAUGUUGAACUAGAAGGACUACUUCAAAAUUUUGUUGAUAUUAAAAUGGCAUCUGAAGAAGUUGCACCAGGAGAUGAUAUCAAUUUAGUUAUUACUUCAAAACCAAAUUCAUAUGUUGGAUUAUUAGGUGUAGAUCAAAGAUCUAUUCUUUUAAAAUCUGGGAACGAUAUUUCAUAUGAACAAGUUUAUAAAGAGUUGAAAUCAUAUGAUAAUAAUCAUGAAUCACCUUAUGCAAACUCGGUUUUUGAUCGAUAUUUAUGGAAUCCUGGUUCAGCUACAGCAAAAGAUGUUUUCAGAGAAAGCGGUGCUAUCAUUAUAACAAAUGCCUAUGUCCAUGAAAAUUUUCAAAUUCAACAAUCGGGAAUACUGGAGGGUAGAAUAACAGGCUCACCUCAUGGGGCAUCCACACUUCGACCAGACCUUGGUCCACCUGUUACGCACAAACUAGCAACAAGACCACCACUGGCAGGUCCUUAUGCCUUCUCUCGCAUCCCACCUCCUGUUUGGAAUAAGCCCCGUGUAUUCCUAAUGCAUGACAUCUUAAACACCUGGCUUUUUACAAACUUUUCUGCAGGAUAUGAAGGAAAAAAUGAGCUGAAAAGAAAUGUACCAGAUUCAAUUACAUCAUGGGUGCUCACUGCAUUUUCUGUAAAUGAUGUUCAUGGAUUAGGCCUUAUGGAAGAGCCACGAAAGUUAAAAGUUUUUAGACCAUUUUUCAUCUCUAUGGAAUUUCCUUACUCUGUGAUUCGAGGAGAAAUUGUUGCAAUCCAAAUUGUGGUGUUCAAUUAUAUGAACAAAAAUGUUGUAGCUGAGGUUCUGUUAACAAAUGAGGGUCAGUUUGAUUUUGCAGAAAUGUCCAACGAAGUUCAGGAUGUACCAAAAUUAGAAUUGUAUCGUAAGAAAAAGGUAGAAGUGAAAGCUAAUUCCGGAAGCAGCGUAUCUUUUAUGAUUGUUCCUCGAGACUUGGGAUACAUUACGAUUAAGGCAACUGCAAAUAGUAUAUUAGCUGGAGAUAGUGUUGAGCGUAAAUUACUUGUUAAAGCUGAAGGAGAAACUCAAUAUGUAAACAGGGCUACUUUCAUAGAUCUUAGAAGUACAACAAAUACAUCGAUGAAUAUUACAAUUGAUAUACCUAAAAAUGCUGUACCAGGUUCAGAAUAUAUUGAAAUAUCUGCAGUAGGCGAUAUUUUGGGUCCAAGUAUUAUGAAUUUGGCAAAUUUAAUUAAAUUGCCAUCUGGUUGUGGAGAACAGAAUAUGUUAAAUUUUGUUCCAAAUAUAAUGAUAUUAAAUUAUCUCAAAAAUACAAAUCAAUUAACACAUGCAGUAGAAAGCAAAGCUCUUCGAUAUAUGGAAAUAGGCUAUCAAAGAGAAUUAACUUACAGACAUAAUGAUGGAUCAUUCAGUGCAUUUGGCAUGUCAGAUAGUAAUGGAAGUACAUGGCUUACUGCCUUUGUGGCAAAAGCUUUCAAACAAGCUGCUGCAUACAUCCCAAUUGAAGACAGAAUAAUAGAUGAAGCUUUACAAUGGUUAUCAAAUAAUCAAGCUCCUAACGGAAGUUUUCCUGAAGUAGGAAGAAUUAGUCAUCGAGACAUGCAAGGUGGAGCUGCAAAAGGUCUUGCAUUAACAGCAUUUACUCUUAUUACUUUUCUUGAAAAUUCAGACUCUAACGGAAAAUAUAGAAACACUAUAAAUAAAGGAAUUGAUUACAUUGUUCGUAAUAUGAAUGAUCUAAAUGAUACUUAUGCUUUGAGUAUAUGUACAUAUGCUUUAAACUUAGCAAAACAUCCAUAUGAGACUGCAGCAUUUAAUUUGCUAGAAUCUAAAGCCAUGACAAAAGAAGAUAUUAAAUGGUGGAGCAAACCUAUACCAGCAAACGAUAAAAAUCCGUGGUAUCAUUCUUUACCACGAUCUGUCGAUGUUGAAAUGACGUCCUAUACUUUGUUAACUUAUAUAAGGCGUAAUUUAGUCGCUGAUUCUAUACCCAUAAUGAAAUGGCUUGUAAAACAAAGAAAUGCUGAAGGUGGUUUUGCAUCCACACAGGAUACCGUAAUUGGAAUACAAGCCUUGGCGAAGUUAGGUGAAAAAUUAGUAACGAAAACUAAUGUCAUUUCUAUAAUAUUCCUGUACGAAGGAGGUGGACAAAGUCAAAUGAAUAUAAAUCCUAACAAUUCCAUGAUACUUCAAAAACAAAUGCUUCCAAAGAAGACACGGUUGAUUGGUAUAACAGCCACCGGAAAUGGAUUUGCUUUAGUUCAAAUUACAUACAAAUAUAAUCUAAAUGUAACUGGAGCAUGGCCACUGUUUACUUUGGAUCCUCAAGUAGAUAAAAAUUCCAAUGCUAAUCAUUUGCAACUUUCAAUUUGUUCUGGAUUCGUUCCGACUAAGGAAGCAAACGAAAGUAAUAUGGUUGUGAUGGAAGUCAGUUUACCUUCUGGUUUUACAGUAGAUAAGGAAUCAUUACCUAGUCUUGAAGUGUCACAAAAUGUAAAACGAGUAGAAACCAAGAACGGAGAUACGGUCGUAAUAUUAUACUUUGAUGAGAUGAGCAGGCAAGAAUACUGCCCUACAGUGUCCGCAUUCAGGACACAUAAAGUGGCAAAACAGAAACCAGUACCAGUUACUAUAUAUGAUUAUUACGAUUCAUCAAGAAGAGCAAGAGUAUUUUAUGAGCCACGUAAAGCCACACUUUGUGAUAUAUGCGAGGAUGAAGAUUGUGAGGAUUUAUGUGUAUUGCAACCUGGUAAACAAAAGGAUUCUCCGCAAUCUGCUGCUUCACAUUUAUCAACUUGUACAUAUCUCCACUUGCUUUUUACUUCAUUUUACAUUACAUACUUUGGAUAUUUGUAACUCUAUAGCUUCUUAACAAAAUUUUACAUAACCUUUUUAUGAAAUACAAUGAGGAAGUUUUGUAUAAAUAAUAAUUUACAACCAAAGUACUUACAUUAUAUAGAAGAACCAAGUUCUUUUAAUAUUGAAGUAUUGUAAUCUAUUUAAAUGAUUAUUAUUUAAAUCUUAAGUAACAUAAUCUUGAAUUGCUUAAAAUUAAUGUUCACUUCUUAUAUAUAUAACUUAUAAGAACUUAUUAUAUAUAUAAUUUUAUUUUAAAUAAUAUACUAAACACAAUUUAAAAUAUCGCACUUUAUUCAAUCAAUUGUUCACACAUUUUUGUUGUAUUCUAAUAUUUUUUAUAUUAGAUUAAAUAUACCUUAUUGUUAUUGAUAAUAAUGUAAUUAUUUUAAUAAACUAAAGAAAAUUAUAUUUCUAAAUAAUUAUAUAAUUUAAUAUAAUAUAAUACUACCUUACAUUAGGGCUUCAAAAAUUAUUAACUUUUUUUGCAAUCCUGUAGUUUUAGAAAAUACAAGUUUUACAAUGAGGGAUUAUUGAGUUAUGAAACUUCGCGCGCAGUUGAAGGAAAGCAAAGAGAAAUUAGUUCGCGCAAACAACAAAGACGGGUACCAACUAUGUGUAAAAAAAAAAAAGAAACCAGUUUCUAAUCUCUUAACUAUUUACAGAAGUUUAGCGGAAUUCCAGACAAUCCUAGCUGUGUGUCGCGAUGCAUGAUUGAGCGCGAAGAGAAAAAAGCUUGUUUGAGGUGUGUGAGUACGUACGUGUAUGUCAAAGAUCGGAACGGAUCGGGAGAAGUUCGAACAGGUUCGCGCGGGAUUUCGAUAUACCCGUAUUGCUCGGACUUCAGAAAGUUUCGAAGUUUCGGAAUACCGAAACUCAAUUUGGUUAUCAGCUACAGACUUAUGUAUCAGCACGAGCGAGCGGGCCGUCUAUCUUUUUGUCAGUUCGACGAAAGCUUAAAUAUUUGAAUCACGUUUAGCAGCUUUUAGCUUUUGACUUAAUAAUAAUAAUAAAGACACCCAUAAAAACAUUGAUAUACACUUUAUACCUAUAUAAACUUAUAUAAACUUUAUAGUCCUCUUAAGCGAGAACUGCGAAGGAAAAAGGACCCUUCUCAUCAGAUAGCGAUGAUUUCAAUUCUUACUUAUUUUCGAUAGAAGUCCACGCCUUAUUCCGCGCACUCCGGAGUUUAAUACUUUAGUGUUUUAAGGCGUUUGUCUUUUUCCGCAAACUUUACUUUCUAAACUGGGACAGCUCGUGCCAUCCAAAGGACAUUAUUAAAUUAGGGAUAUUAUUAGACUAGAACAUUAUUAACCGGCACGAACGCAACACUCAAAAUGGAAAUGGGGGAAGAAGACAUCGCCCACUAGCAAAUAAUUCGACGAAUUGCCAGCUCCACGAUCCAGUUCGAGAGUUCCAGUUCGAUUCCAAAUCCGAGUCGUAUUCAGUUGUGAAAAAUCAACAUGGAAGACAAGAAGGUUAUAGUUCUGCGCAUGCGUGGCAUGUUAUAAAUGUCUCAGACAGAGAUAAUUCCAUGUUGAUUUUUUACGAUUAGACACGACUCAACUUUCGGAUGGUUCUCCUUAGCGAAUGUCGAGACUUGUUUAUAUGAUCGUGGCCAGCCUUGUAUUGUAUACAAUGAUUUGUACUGUAUUUGUUAUUAGAUUUACAUAACCUUAAAGCAUUAAAAGACCUAGUUGUCACUUAAAAAUUGUAUAUGAACAUUAAUAAAAUAUUGUCGAUUGUUGGCGCCACAUCUGUUAAUAUGUACAAUAAUAACGUGAAAUUGCGCAAACAAUAAAAAUAAUCCAUACAUUAAUAAGCGAAAGCAAGCACGAAGACAAGAAAUAAUGAUAGAAACUAACCGCAGAUCUCUAUAAUGAAAA